AUGCAUUCGGCUCCCUUUAUGGAGGAAACGGACAUCAUCUCCCAGAAUUCUCUGGGAGAUCAUGUGACUGAGCAGCCGCACUCGGAAUCCGACUCUGACGAGAACUCCAUUUCCCAGGAUACUAUGAAGUCUCAUAACUUGUCCCUGGAGCUGAAACCAGGUCAAAUAACUGCUUUAAUAACUGGAUCUGGUGGGGGGAAGAGUACUUGUGUGAGUUUACUGCAGAGGUUUUACCAGCCCCAGCAUGGACAGAUCUUACUGGAGCAUCUACAGAACUAUCAGCACAAGUAUCUGCAUAGUAAGAUUGCUGCGGUGGGCCAGGAGCCUGUUAUCUUCUCUGGUACAAUAUAUGACAUCAUUGUUUAUGGCCUACAACAACACUACUCAGUUGAGAUUGUUCAGGAUGCAGCUUGUAAGACUAAUGCUAUAAACAUGAUUCUAAACAAAUGCUGUUUAUCAGACAUAGGUAAACGAGGAAGCCUUCUUGGUAGCAGUCAGAAGCAGUGCAUUGCCAUCGCCAGAGCUCUGAUCAGACAGCCACAAGUUCUCUUAUUGGAUGAGAUCACCAGCUUUCUGGAUGCAAAAAGUCAAUAAGCAGUUCAAGUAGCCCUCGUCAACUGCCCCAAGCAGACCCUAAUGGUGAUUGCACAAAGAUUGAAGACCAGUGAGGAGGCAGACCAGAUCAUUGUGAUCUACCAGGGGACAGUGCUGGAGAAAGGCACUCACCAGAAAGUGAUGGGAAAGAAAGUACACUACUAUACACUGAAAGAGAAACUCUCUACUCAUGAUUGUGACAUUACAUCCAGACAGUCCACAGACACCACUCUGAUGGCCCGAGCUGUAGCCUUAAAUGUGAAUGUCCUUCUACGAACUCUGAUUAAAACAAUAGGCAUGCUGUACCUGAUGUUUACCCUCUCCUGGAAGCUGACACUACUGAUGCUGAUGGAGACACCUUUAACCGGCCUGUUACAGAACAUCUAUGAUUCGUUUAUUUUAGAGACUUCAGAGGAGGAGCAGGACUCCAUGGCAAGAGCCAAUGAUGCUGCAGGGGAGACGGCGUCAGGCAUCAGAACAGUAAAGAGCUUUAACUCAGAGCAGAGUGAGUCUUGUCAUUAUAAUGAUCGGUUGAUGGACACUCAUAGUCUAAAGACUCAACGGGACACAGUCAGGGCAGUGUAUCUGCUGGUGAGAUGGCUGGUGGAGCUCGGGGUGAAGGUGGCUAUGCUACACUAUGGCAGGCUGUUUAUCCAAUAUGGACAGAUGACCACAGGUAGUUUGGUAUCAUUCAUCCUCUACCAGUCAGACCUGGGGGACAACAUUAGGACCUUGAUUUACAUAUUUAGAGACAUGCUGAACUGUGUGGGUGCAGCAGGGAAGGUGUUUGAGUACCUGGACCGUAAGCCUGAAGUGAGCACUGAUGGGACGCUUCAGUCAGAGAAGCUGAAAGGACAUGUGUGCUUUCAAAAUCUCAGCUUCUCCUAUCCAACACUGCCCAACCACAUUGUGCUAAAGGACUUCUCUUUCGAGCUAAAACCAGGUCAAAUGACUGCACUGGUAGGGAUUUCUGGUGGGGGAAAAACUACUUGUCUGAGUUUACUGCAGAGGUUCUACGACCCCCAGCAUGGACAGAUCUUACUGGACGGACAACCUCUACAGAACUACCAGCACAAGUAUCUGCACAGCAAGAUUGUUGUGGUGGGCCAGGAGCCUGUUCUCUUCUCUGGUAAAAUACAAGACAAUAUUGCCUAUGGCCUAUCUAACCGCUCACUUGAGAGCAUCCAGGAAGCAGCUCGUAAAGCCAAUGUUCAUGAUUUCAUCUGUGAGUUACAGAAGGGUUAUGACACAGAUGUAGGUGAACGAGGAAGCCUUCUUGGUAGCAGUCAGAAGCAGCGCAUUGCCAGAGCUCUGAUCAGACAGCCACAAGUUGUCCUAUUGGAUGAGAUCACCAGCUUUCUGGAUGCCAAAAGUUAA